CGGCAACAUUUCUCAUCCUCCAACCGCAUUAACCUCCAAAGGGAGCACUAAAAACAUACAGUAUUUUACUAAAACAGCAUCUCAAAACCCCCCCAAUGUCCUGACAAAUCUCUCAUCCCUAGCAUCUCCACCACUUCAGAUACCCCUCUCUCUUUCUCUCUCCUCUUUCUCUCUCUAAAACUGGAGAUGCACAAUUUCAUACUGCUCCUCAGCUGAAAUCAAUCCUCAUCCAACCAACAAUCUCUGUCUAGAAGAUGCUCAAGUCGACACUACUCAGCUGAAACCGUCAUCCAACCAAGAAUUUCAACUCUCUCAGUUGCAUAUCGUAGUCCGAUUUGAUGGCUUCUUCGUCAAUCUGGUUUGCGGCCACUCCCCGGGCUGGUUUCCGAACUGACGCUGCCGGAUUCUUGCACUCCGGUGGCCGUCCGGUUUCCCAAUUCAGGGCUCAGAGGUCCGAUGUUAGGUGCUCUCUCGACUCCAAUGUCUCUGACAUGAGCGUUAACGCUCCUAAGGGGUUAUUUCCACCAGAACCUGAACAUUAUCGGGGACCCAAGCUGAAAGUGGCUAUUAUUGGAGCUGGGCUUGCUGGUAUGUCGACUGCCGUGGAGCUUUUGGAUCAAGGCCAUGAGGUGGAUAUAUACGAGUCAAGGACUUUCAUUGGUGGAAAAGUGGGUUCAUUUGUUGAUAAACGUGGAAACCACGUUGAAAUGGGACUUCAUGUUUUCUUUGGUUGCUACAGUAAUCUUUUCCGUUUGAUGAAAAAGGUGGGUGCUGAAAGAAACCUGCUUGUGAAGGAGCAUACUCACACUUUUGUUAACAAAGGGGGUGAUAUUGGUGAACUCGAUUUUCGAUUUCCAAUUGGAGCACCGUUACAUGGAAUCCAGGCCUUUUUGUCUACAAAUCAGCUUAAGACUUAUGAUAAAGCAAGAAAUGCUUUGGCACUUGCCUUAAGUCCGGUUGUGCGGGCUCUUGUUGAUCCAGAUGGAGCUCUGAGGGACAUACGGAAUUUGGAUAGUAUAAGCUUCUCUGAUUGGUUCUUGUCCAAAGGGGGAACACGCAUGAGUAUCCAGAGAAUGUGGGACCCUGUUGCAUAUGCCCUUGGGUUUAUCGACUGUGAUAAUAUCAGUGCACGUUGUAUGCUCACUAUAUUCUCGUUGUUUGCCACUAAGACAGAGGCUUCCCUACUACGCAUGCUUAAAGGCUCUCCUGAUGUUUAUUUGAGUGGUCCCAUUAAAAAAUAUAUCACAGACAAAGGAGGCAGGUUCCAUCUCAGGUGGGGAUGCAGAGAGAUACUUUAUGAUAGAACUGCUGAUGGAGACACAUAUGUCACAGGAGUUGCCAUUUCCAAGGCUACACAAAAGAAAAUUGUGAAAGCUGAUGCUUAUGUUGCAGCCUGUGAUGUCCCUGGAAUUAAAAGAUUAGUUCCACCACAAUGGAGGGAGUUGGAAUUUUUUGAUAAUAUCUAUAAACUAGUUGGAGUGCCUGUCGUCACAGUGCAACUUAGAUACAAUGGCUGGGUCACAGAGUUACAGGAUCUAGAACGGUCAAGGCAAUUGAGGCAAGCUGUAGGCUUGGAUAAUCUCCUUUACACCCCAGAUGCAGAUUUCUCUUGCUUUGCAGACCUUGCACUAACAUCCCCAGAGGAUUAUUAUAUUGAGGGCCAAGGUUCAUUGCUCCAAUGUGUGCUUACACCUGGUGAUCCCUACAUGCCGUUACCAAAUGAUGAAAUAAUUAAGAGAGUUUCAAGACAGGUUUUAGUUUUGUUCCCAUCUUCUCAAGGUCUGGAAGUUACUUGGUCAUCGGUUGUCAAAAUUGGGCAAUCUUUAUAUCGUGAGGCACCUGGUAAAGAUCCAUUUAGACCCGAUCAGAAAACACCUGUGAAAAAUUUCUUCCUUGCUGGCUCGUACACUAAACAGGAUUAUAUAGACAGCAUGGAAGGUGCAACUCUUUCGGGCAGGCAAACUUCUGCCUAUAUAUGUGGUGCUGGGGAAGAACUUGUGUCGUUACGGAAGAAGCUUAUUGACAUUGAAUCAAAAGAGUACGCGGAAUCUGCUGCUGGUAUAGUGGAUGAGUUGAGCCUCGUCUGAUAGAUAGCAAUUCAUUUGUUGAGCUCUAAACACAUUGUCUCAGUUUGCGGAGUUAGGUUGUGGCUGGAUGGAGUUAUGUAUGUAAUUUAAUUGAAAUCACACAAAAGUGUAACACAUAAAAUUGCGGUUGUAUCAUGCAAUCCAUGCCAAUAUUUAGCUUCCUGCAGUUCAUGUUAUGUGACUACAUCAGAUAUUUGCAUGUUGAACUUGAGUUUUUUCAAGUUAUGUA